UUAUCAUCAGAGGGUGAUGAAGAGUUGGUACGAAGUGUGAAUAAGCAUAUUGGAAGACAGUUUUGGGAGUUUGAUCCAAAUCUUGGAACUCAACAAGAGCGUGCUCAAGUAGAACAAGCUCGCAAUGAAUUUCACCAUAAUCGCUUUAUUACUAACACCAUUUCUGAUCUCCUAAUGAGAUUCCAGUUUGAGAGGGAAAAGGGUUUAAAGAUGAAAGAUAGUGAUUAUAAGGUGAAAAUGAAGAAGGAAGAAGAAGUAACAGAGGAAGUUGUGGAAAUGACACUAAAAAGAGCAUUGAGAAAUGUGUCAAUGAUGCAGGCUGAUGAUGGUUUCUGGCCCGGUGACUAUGGCGGACCUCUGUUUCUUAUGCCUUCUUUGGUGAUAGGAUUAUGGGUGACUGGUGCCCUUAAUGCAGUUUUAUCGCCCGACCAUCAAACCGAAAUGCGACGCUAUCUCUUUAAUCACCAAAACAAAGAUGGAGGCUGGGGAUUGCAUAUAGCAGGGCCCAGCACAAUGUUUGGCACAGCUCUGAGUUAUGUGACCUUGAGAUUGCUUGGAGAAGAAAUGGACGGUGGAAAUGGGAGCAUGCAGAAAGCAAGAAGGUGGAUUCUAGAUCGUGGGGGUGCCACUUCUAUUCCUUCAUGGGGAAAACUCUGGCUCUCCGUAAGUGUGUGUAUAAUCAAAUCAUACAAUUAAGUUUAUA